CCUGUGGCUGCCUGCUAUCAUCGUUUUCCUGCCACCCCCAGGUGAGUGUUGCGGAUAUGAAUCAGAUUAAUGUUGGUUCAGUUUUCCCAAAUGAAACCCCACAGCACACAGCUUGGUCUACGUGAAAAUGUAGGACCAGACAUCUUACAAGCAGGGUGCUCAGGUGAUGAUGCCAGAGCCAGGUAAACUAUGGUUGUUAGCCAGGUAAAUGAUGGUUGUUGUCAACACGUGGUGUUGUGUCUCUGUGUUUAAAACAAUAACAUUGGCCCAAUUGCAGCUUUUUGCAUGUGUAAAAUGUAUUGUUGUCAACUUUUUUCAAUGUGUGUGGUCCUUUGUGGACCGUUUAAUUAGCCUAACUGUUUCAGUAAACUGAUUUCCCCUCCUAUUCACUGAAUAGCUCAGGAAUGUCUCUCCUUCCUGUACUUUGUAAGUAGGCUAUCAGCCAAGUUUAACCUUUUUUAAUCCCCUUGGCAAUUAGAUCAUGGAUCUGCAGGCUAAAAUUAAAUACCCAGUGCCACAUAGGCUUAGCCUAAUUGUAAUGCUUAUGUCUGAGUUUGGGUUAUCAGGUCAUUUGCCUUAUUAUGCAUAAUGUCUAUUAUGUUCUAGUGUUGAGUACACUGGUGGUCUAUCCAUCAUCAGGUGAGUAUCAUUUUAAUACCACACACUCUUCAUUUUUAUACCAUGAAUUAUAUUCAAGUUCUAGGCUACUGCUUCUAGGCUACUGCAUGUGUUCACAGAGGUUCUACUGAUGCCCACUCUGACUGUGGAGCCUUCAGGAUGACAGUUGUACACUGAGGACACAGUCACCUUGGCAUGUCAGUUACCUGGCCACUCUGGGCUGGGCUGGCAGUUCUACUGGCACAAAGACAGGCAGGACACUGGCCCUGUGGAGCAGAUGUGGGGCAGAGUUGGAGGUGGGGCGGUCUACCAACUGUGGCGUGCCUCUGUCACACACACAGGCCAGUACUGGUGCAGAGCAGGGAGAGGACAGCCAGUCUUCUACAUCCAAUACAGCCAGGCAGUGUCUGUUAAUGUCAUUGAGCUCUUCACAUCAGUGACUUUGUCAGCAUCUCCUUCGACCGUGGUCAAAGAGGGCAGGGCUUUCAACCUCACCUGUGAGGCCCAGCUUAGCAACUGCAAACUGAGCCAACAUCAUGGUAACCACAGUCUACAUAGUCACCCUGAUCCUGACUGUAACUGGACCACAGUGAUUGUAACAUUCUCCUUCCUGAGGGACGGCUGGCCAGUGUCCAGGGACUCUGUCAGUGGGAUGUACAGCGUAGCGAGGGCUUCUAGCUGUCACAUGGGGACCUACAGCUGUGUGGCCAGAGCAGGCAGGGCCAGGAGGAGCAGCCAGGAGAUCAGCAUCACACUAGACAACCUGUCUCUGAUACUGGUCACCUGCUUUGGCACCUUCCUGAUCCUCUCCGUGGCUCCAUUGGCAUUUUUUGUGAGACUAUACGCGAUGAGAUUGUGGCAGCUCAGAGGCAGAGGACAAGGAGAAUUGCAGUGCAAUGAGUGCAGUACAAUACAGGGACCAAAAUGAGAGGGAGGACUGGUGAGACGUGCUGUGAGAACUCAUGUAGCACACAUGGCACACAUUAGUGCACAGGUGUAGGAUCUUAAUUUGAUCACCCUGUUGCAUGUUUUUUACUCAAAAGAUUAAAACAGAUGUUUUAUUGUAAUCUUGCAGAUGUAUCUGGACCCAGCUGACUUGAGAAACGUUCUAUCAUUUAUUACAAAAUUGGAGUGUAGAAUAAUAAACAUAUCAUUAUUUGGAGAAUUUUGACCAAAGAAUGUUUUUGUUUUAUUUUCACCACAAUGUGGCACUCAAAUAAUACAUUGAUUCAACACUGCAACAUGCCUGUAUUGUCAAAUAGACCCAACUCUUUUCUCAUAACAGGUUCCAUAUUUUUUAAAGAAAUAACUGCCAACCACCAGUUGAUUAAAAGUGAGUGUGAGUGAAUCUCAACAGUGUAAGGCAAGCAAAAUAUGUUUGCCCUUAUGUUCCAUUUAUUGGUGAAUUGUUAGACUUAAAGGGUUGUAUGAUGAAUGAGCCUAGAUCUGAGAAUUGCAUUCUGUCUCCAUAUGAACUCACAAAAAAAGAAACGUCCCUUUUUCAGAACCCCGUCUUUCAAAGAUAAUUCGUAAAAAUCCAAAUAACUUCACAGAUCUUCAUUGUAAAGGGUUUAAACACGGUUUCCCAUGCUUGUUCAAUGAACCAUAAACAGUUAAUGAACAUGCACCUGUGGAACGGUCGUUAAGACGCUAACAGCUUAGACGGUAGGCCAUUAAGGUCACAGUUAUGAAAACUUAGGGCACUAAAGAAGCCUUUCUACUGACUCUGAAAAACACCAAAAGAAAGAUGCCCAGGGUCCCUGCUCAUCUUGCAGCAUGCCUAAGGCAAGUUUCCGGCAGGAGGCAUGAGGACUGCAGAUGUGGCCAGGGCAAAUAAAUUGCAAUGUCCGUACUGUGAGACGCCUAAGACAGCGCUACAGGGAGACAGGACGGACAACUGAUCGUCCUCACAGUGGCAGACCACGUGUAACGACACCUGCACAGGAUCGGUACAUCCAAACAUCACACCUGCGGGACAGGUACAGGAUGGCAACAACAACUGCCCGAGUUACACCAGAAACGCACAAUCCCUCCAUCAGUGCUCAGACUGUCCGCAAUAGGCUGAGAGGCUGGACUGAGGGCUUGUAGGCCUGUUGUAAGGCAGGUCCUCACCAGACAUCACCGGCAACAACGUCUCCUAUGGGCACAAACCCACCGUAGUUGGACCAGACAGGACUGGCAAAAAGUGCUCAUCACUGACGAGUCACGGUUUUGUCUCACCAGCAGUGAUGGUCGGAGCCGCGUUUAUCGUCGAAGGAAUGAGCGUUACACUGAGGCCUGUACUCUGGAGCAGGAUCGAUUUGGAGGUGGAGGGUCCGUCAUGGUCUGGGGCGGUGUGUCACAGCAUCAUCGGACUGAUCUUGUUGUCAUUGCAGGCAAUCUCAAUGCUAUGCUUUACAGGGAAAACAUCCUCCUCCCUCAUGUGGUACCCUUCCUGCAGGCUCAUCCUGAUGUGACCCUCCAGCAUGACAAUGCCACCAGCCAUACUGCUCGUUCUGUGCGUGAUUUCCUGCAGGACAGGAAUGUCAGUGUUCUGCCAUGGCCAGCAAAGAGCCCGGAUCUCAAUCCCAUUGAGCACGUCUGGGUCCUGUUGGAUCGGAGGGUGAGGGCUAGGGCCAUUCCCCCCAGAAAUGUCCGGGAACUUGCAGGUGCCUUGGUGGAAGAGUGGGGUAACAUCUCACAGCAAGAACUGGCAAAUCUGGUGCAGUCCAUGAGGAGGAGAUGCACUGCAGUACUUAAUGCAGCUGGUACACCAGAUACUGACUGUUACUUUUGAUUUUGA